AUGUUCUUGUUAAGCGUUUUUGCCGUGGAUGCGGACGAAGGUAUUAAUGCACAAUUGUUUUAUAAUAUCACAUCAAACGAUAGUCGUUUCUCGAUUGAUGAGACUGGUAUGAUACGAAUUUCUGAGGCAAUGAAAGCCGAUGAAAUCGCACCUCUCACAAUACAGGUGAUCAUUUAUACACAUCGUGCAACUAAUUUGUACUGA